AUGGCUGGACUCCCCUGGCCGAUAGUCUACUUCGGGAUCGCUGCCUAUACGAUCACCCGGUCCACUGUUGCGAUGUUCUUUCUUCUAUCCAUCAUUGCAACGGUGGCCAAAGUGCUUUACAGUGUGGCCUUGUAUCCCAAGUUUUUCACUCCCCUCAAACACAUCCCGACACCACCACGCCGGUCGUGGCUCACGGGAAAUACAAGCUCCUAUUACAUCGAGACGCCAUACGAGGAGAUGCGAGAUUGGAUCGUAUCCGUCCCCAACAACGGCCUGAUCCGGUACUACAUGACAGGAAAUCUCGAGCGGAUACUACUGACCAGCCCCAAGUCCCUGGGCGAGCUGCUGGUGCACAAGGUGUAUGAGUUCCCGAAACCUGAAAUUAUUCGCGCCAGUCUUUCCCGCGUCACCGGUCUCAACGGUUUACUCCUGGUCGAGGGAGAGGAACACAAGAGACAAAGGAAAAACCUCAUGCCGGCGUUCUCGUACCGCCACAUCAAAGACCUCUACCCUAUCUUCUGGGAGAAGAGUAUCGAAAUGGUCAGAUGCAUCGAGGACGACCUGCAGAAACGGGCGGACUACACGACCACUAUAGGAACCUGGGCCAGCCGGACUACUUUAGAUAUCAUCGGAGUGGCGGGGAUGGACCAUGAUUUCUCGACUCUCCGCGACCCGGAGAACGACCUCCACAGGAGUUACCAGAAGCUCUUGAGCGAACCUCCCCCGUUUAUGAAGCUGAUCUAUGUCCUGGCAAUGUGUAUCGGCAAACCCGAUCUCGUGAACCAGCUGCCAUUCCGAAGGAACAGGGAAAUCAAGGAAGGUUCGGAGAUUAUCCGCAACGUCGCGCGGCAGAUGAUUCGGAAAAAGCAAGAAAAGCUAGACAACACGGACGACAGCUCGUCAGCCUCGAGCGAGGUCGACAUUAUCUCAGUAGCUCUGAAAAGUGGAAGCUUUACGGAAGACGAGCUCAUCGACCAAAUGAUGACUUUCCUAGGCGCGGGACACGAAACGACCUCGACGGCUCUGCAGUGGGCCGCCUACGCUCUCUGCAAACACCCAGAAGUGCAGACUCGUCUGCGCGAAGAAGUCCGUACUCAUUUGCCGUCCAUCUCGACCACCGACCAAGACCGACAGCCUAUCUCGGCCGCUGCCAUCGACGCCCUUCCCUACCUCAGCGCCGUCUGCAAUGAAGUCCUACGUUUCCACCCCUCUAUACCUACCACUGUGCGCAUUGCCGGUCGAGACACCACGCUGGUAGGCACGACCAUCCCCAAAGGAACUUUGUUCCUGAUUGUGGCCAAUGUCAUAAACCACAGUAAAGAGCUCUGGGGUGCAGACGCGGACGUCUUCAAUCCAGACCGAUGGUUGGGGCCCGGACGCGCUAACACCGGUGGCGCCAGCAGUAACUAUGCGUUUUUGAGCUUCCUACACGGUCCGCGCGGCUGCAUUGGUCAGGGGUUCUCCAAGGCGGAGCUGGCUUGUCUGAUUGCCGUCUUGGUCGGCAGGUUUCAAAUGGAAUUAGUGAAUCCAGAUGCGAAAUUGGAAGUGCGACUCAGUGCCACGAUAUGUCCAAAAGAUGGGGUUCCUGUUCGACUGACUGCAUUGGAGGGGUGGUGA